AUGACUGAAACAAGGAGUAGUCCUCUAGAAACUGGAUUGUUUUCAGAUGUUGAUAUUAAAGCAGCAGAUAUUGAUUCUAGAUUGAUGUCUGUAUUGGAGAAAAAAGGAUUUUCAAAACUUACAAAUAUUCAAGCAGAAUCAAUAAAAGCUAUCAACAAUUCCAGAGAUGCAUUAAUAUGCGCUAAUACCGGAACAGGGAAAACAUUAUCAUACCUUUUGCCGAUAUUUACAAAUCUUGCAAAAGAGUUUCCAGAUAUUAAGCGAGAAAUGGGUUGCUUAGCUCUAAUUGUUGUUCCGACCAGAGAGCUGUGUCUACAGAUCGAAACUGUUGUACAAGACCUCAGAUCCAAAAUGAAUUUUAUUGUUGCAGGAACCCUCCUUGGUGGAGAGCAAACAAAUGUAGAAAAGAAGGCCCUUAGAAAAGGAUUAAACGUAAUAAUUACAACUCCGGGAAGAUUAACUUAUCAUCUCCAAAAUUCUCAGAAUCUGACAUUUGAUUAUUUCCGGUAUUUUGUUCUUGAUGAAGCUGACAGAUUACUAUCAGAAGGCUUCCAGAAUCAGCUCGUACAAAUAAUUAAUUUGAUCAAGGGAAAAAGUUCUCAGUCUGGAGCUAAAUAUCACAGUAUCCUCGUUUCUGCUACGCUUACAAGCUCGAUUGAGUCCCUCUCUUCAAUCGCCCUCAGUGAUCCGGUCAGAAUCGGUAGCAUCAUCAGCAAAAACUACUCAGUUCCUGAUUCAAUCCUUCAAAGAGUCGUUAGUGUCGAGCUAAAAGACAAGCUUUUGGCUCUCCUUUUACUACUCAAGAAGUAUUACACCCAGAUUCCUGAGAUGAAGGCCAUUGUUUUUCUCAGUACAAUUUCUGAGGUCGAUUUUUAUGCAACAUUCUUCUCAUACUUCAACUUCUUGACACCACAAGAAAGAGAGGAUAAAGGUCUUCCUCCAAGAAAGUUUAUGGUAAACGAUUCCAGCAAGCCUACAAUCAGAGACCAUCAUCCAACAACAGAUAAUGAUGAAGUUGGAGGAUUCUCACCGUUCUUAAAUGCGGAGAUUUACAAGCUUCAUGGAAACCUUGAGCAAACUGAUCGCAACAAGACUAUUUCGAAGUAUACGGCAAGCAAGGAUGCACUUUUGUUUUGUACAAAUGUUGCUGCAAGAGGAAUUGAUAUCCCAGAUGUUCAACUCAUUGUUCAAUAUGAAGCUCCAGUCGAAACAGAAGAUUAUGUUCACAGAAUUGGAAGGACUGCAAGAAUUGGGGAAGAUGGCGUUUCAUAUCUUUUCCUGCAAGAUUAUGAAAUGGGAUUUGUCAAUAAACUCACAAAUAUGGGCAUAAAGAUCAAGAACUACAAUUUCUCAGAGAUUGUCCAAAAGGGUGUUUCAGCAAUGAAAGGAAGAAAUCUUGAAAAAUGCACAUUUGGUAUCAAAAUGGAGAUUUUUUCAACAGUCAAAUCGAACAAUUUAAGUGACAUAGCAUGCUAUGCAUGGCAGUCAGCUGUCCAAUCAUAUCGCACAUACAGAAGAGAAGAUAGGGUUUACUUUGACUCAAGGAAACUUCAUUUAGGCCACCUUGCGAAUGUUUUUGGUUUGGAGAAAACACCUUCACAGAUUUCUGAUUUUCUAAAUGAAGACUAUGAGCUGAAGAAAAGUCUUAACGAACCAGUUCAGAAGAAGGAGAUGCUUCCUGCGUUUGAAGAACAAACUUCAGAAUUUAUUUAA